UUUGUUGUUAUUCUUUCUUUCUCUCAGCCAGAUCAAACAGAGUUAUUUCUUUAUCUGAAGCUGAAGAAUAAAAGCACAGAUUUCAAUGUCAUCUCAUAAAGACAGCCAAAUGUUUGAAGGAGGAAAAAGUCAAAAUGUUCUAAAUGGAAAUGGAGCCUCUCAUGGAGAAUGGGGUAGAGCAUGGAAGAUUGAUUGGUUUUCUUUGAUAAGUGUCAUCUUUCUACUCUCGUGUUCCCCCUUUAUGGUCUACUAUUUUAUAAUGUCAUGUGAUCAGUACCAUUGCUCUUUGAGUGAGCCAGCCAUCCAGUUGCUUACGGGAAAAGUUCACCUCUUAGAUAUCUGGCGCAAGACACCAUCUUUCUCUUGGAAAAUUCUAAUCGUUUACUUUUGUUGGGUAAUGUUCCAG